AUGGCCUGCUGCCGGCAAGAAGUAAAGGGUAGAAUCAUAUUUGUGACCAAAGAGGACCAUGAAACUCCAAGCAAUACGGAGCUGGUGGCUGAUCACCCCAAUGAGCCAAAUAAGGAGCAUGGAUUGAUACUGCUAAAUGGAGACAUUAACUGGAGCUGCCCAUGCCUUGGAGGAAUAGCCAGUGGCCCCUGUGGGGAGCAGUCAAAGUCAGCCUUCUCCUGCUUCCAUUAUAGCACAGAGGAUGUCAAGGGGUCAGACUAUGUAGGCCAGUUCUGGGCCGUGCAGGAAUGCAUGCAAAAAUAUCCAGACCUCCAUCCCCAGGAGGAAGAGGAUGAUGACAAUGACGAAAAGAAGCCAGAAGGUUUAGAGGAAACAGCUCCAACUGAGACUACUGCAGCUAAAACAGAGGAGAGCUCAAGCUAA